AUGCCUCCAAAGCGGCGUGGAGCCGCCAGCUCAGCACCAGCAGCAGCUCCAAAACGUGGGCGCGCAUCGAAGCUUGCGAAAGACAACAACAUCACAGCCGAGGAAGAGAAUGAAAUCAAAGAAGUAUUUCACAUGUUCUCAGCCAAGAACGAGAGUUUUCCAGACGAGAAAGAAGGCGUUCUUCCCCGAGAAGAUGUGCGCAAGGCAUUGGUAGCCCUCGGCCUCCCACCCACGGACUCAAGCGAACUCGCCGAAAUCAUCUCUGCCCUCGAUCCGACGUCAUGUGGCUUCGUGCCCUACAGCCCCUUCGUCUCAAUAGCGGCCGCGAAGCUGCACUCGCGCGAUGAUGAUGCAGUGUCUGCCGAGGUAGACGAUGCAUACCAGCUUUUCACGCGCGGUACGCGCGGUCCCAUCACGCUGUCGCAUCUGCGUCGCAUCGCGCGCGACUUGAAGGAAGAUAGCGUGGGCGAUGAUUUACUCAAGGACAUGAUCUUGGAGGGCAAUGGCGGCGCUGGACUUAGUGCUGGUGUUACUCUGGAGCAGUUCCAUGAUGUCAUGACGCGGGCGGGUGUAUUUUGA